AUGCUGGCAUUAAGCCUUCGAUGGUUUCUAGAACAUCACAGACUCAAAUCAGACCCGGACAUAUUAAAGCGAACCUAUGUCGAUAACAUUCUAUCUCAAGCCGCCACUGAAGAGGAAUUAGUCGCGAAAGCCAAAGAAGCGAAACAACUCCUCAGCACGGUCAGAUUUCACCUCCGCGAAUUUUACUCAAAUUCGGCUGAAUUGAUGAAGGAGCUAAACCCCACAGAAACUAGAGACUCAACAAAGUUUCUGGGAAAAAACUGGAACUUUCAACAAGACUUAAUCUUGAUGACGACGCCAACACUUCAACCCAUAUCUACAAAACGAAGUCUUUUACAGUUCAGAGGGAAACACUUUGAUCCAGAAGGACUAACAUGCCCCUUGACUCUUCCUUUAAACCUCAUCUUACAAGCCACAUGGUCUAUUCCGAACUUAACAUGGGAUGACCCAUUACCACCCCACAUCAUGGAAGAGCUAAACAACGUCGUCCCCUUCUGGGAAACUCCCACAACGUUUCGAAUUCCACGCAAAAUAAUUAACUGGAAUCAACCAUAUUAUCUUCACGCGUUCACCGAUGGCUCGAAAGUUGGUAUUGGCAUCUUGAUUUACUUAGCCGCUCUAGCAGAAGACCGCACGUUCGAAUUACCUCAAUUGAUCAUGGGCAAAUCUCGAGUAGCACCGAAAAAAGCAAAUUUGGAUUCCGAACUAACCAUUCCAACCACGGAAAUUGUGUCCAUUUCCAGCGGUGUCCUCCUGCUACAAUUUGUCGAACAACACCUUCCCUUCCCUCCAGAAAAGAUCAUCCUUUGGAACGAUAGUCGUUCUUCUUUGGAAUCACUUAUCAGAAACAUGGAUCACAAAUCAGUUUUCGUAAAAAAUCGAUUACGUUUGAUCCGCGAUAAAGGACGAAAUUACGAAAUUCGGCAUGUACCGGGUAAAGAAAACAGCGCAGACAUUCCGUCCCGAGGAAUAGUCAACCCCGCCGACUUAGUAGAAAAUAAAUUCUACUGGCACGGACCCAAAUUCUUGCAAAACCCAGAAGAUUGGCCUUCCGAACUCGUUAUACCAGCUGGAUCUUUCGAGGAGGACCAAACAACAGUGGCCGUCGUCACCCCACCAGAACCUCUGAUUGACCCCGAACGGUUCGGUUCUUGGAGUAAACUUCAUUUAACCGCCAGAAUAGUCAUCAAUUUUACACGGAAACUGCAGAAAAAGCCUGCCGCAAACAAUGCUGAGGUGGAUCGUCUACUCUUCCUCCUGGAUCAACAACGGAACCCUCCCUCGGAGAAAGAGAUCACCGACUUCAGGCUCUUCCAAGACCAACAUAACCUCUGGCGUUGCGACAUCCGCCUACAGGAAAGCGACCUACCUCCAGCCGCAAAAACCCCUAUAUGGCUACCGAAUUCGCAUCAGACACGUCUAAUCAUCAGACACUACCAUAAUCAAAAGCUUCAUGCCGGAGUUGAUCUUACCUUAUGCCAACUACGGACCAAAUAUUGGGUAAAAAGAAGCUUUGUGAGGAAAACCAUCAAAACUUGUAGUUUUUGUAAGCGUCAAAAGUCAAAACCCUUCGAAUUUCCCCCUUUCGCACCACUCCCCCAAACACGGUGUACACAAGGGAUCCCGUUCGAUGCCGUCGGAGUUGACACCUGUGGACCCUUCAAGGUGAAAGACCACGAAGAUGUUCAUGUCCUGAUUUUUUCGUGUCUCAAAUAUCGAGUCCUCCAUACAGAAGUUAUAGCCAGCUUGCAAACCACUGAUAUUAUCCACGGUUUUACAAGAUUCAUUUCACGAAGAGGACCCCCUUCACAAAUCUUGAGUGACAAUCACCCCUCACUGUGCGCCGCCAAAGACUUCCUUCAGAAAACCCACCAGACUAAUCAAAAUUUUUGUUGGAGUUUUAUCACACCAAGGUGUCCUUGGGAGGGCGCUUCGUACGAAAGGAUUAUCGCAGAGUUAAAAAGAGCAAUGAAAAACUCCGGAACAAAAUCCAAAUUGGACAUUGAAGAGUUCCGAACGUUGAUAUCCCGAUCGGAAGAAGUGGUAAAUUCCAGACCUCUCACCGCACAAUCUGACGACGUUAACGAUCUUCGAGCGAUAAAACCUUUCGACUUUAUCGGUGUCCGAUCAGACUACGAAGGAGACAGUGAAGGAGAUGAACCAGAAGAAGAAGAAAGAGACCCAACUUACGUAGAACGAGAAAAUCUACAAGAAACUCUACGAAAGAAGAAAAAUAGAAUAGAGGCAAGAUUAGAAAAGUUCAAGACGUUCUGGAUAAAACAUUAUCUUCAAUAUCUAGCCGAGAAGAAUUCGAAAAAACGGAACAAUGGGAUAAGAAGAACCCCAAUUGUAGGAGAAUUGACAUUAGUCGCGGACCCCACCUUACCAAGACAGCAAUGGAAAUUAGGAAGGAUCCAACACCUAAACGAAGGCCGUGACGGUAUCGUGAGAACUGCCGAUGUCUUAGUGGCGGAUAACUUGAAGAAUUAUCCAGCCGAAACCUCCAGAAAAAUCAUAAAAAGGAACAUCACUCAACUCUACAGCCUGGAAAUCACACCAAGCGAAGACACAGAUUGGCUGAAAGAGUUACUACCACAACCGGAUGUCGAAAUACCGGCACCUCGAAGAUCACCGAGAACAAAGAAAUUGAAUCUGGCCUCAGAACAAUUCAACCUCCUGUCAAUAAACACCGUGUUAAUGGUGUUGUCAAUUGUUUUCAUGCUAAUCUACCCAAGCGAGGGCUACAAUUUCUGCCCCAUGGAUACAAGGCCAGUUUACUGGCGACCGACACCAAUGCGCGCAUGUUCGGUUCCUUAUAUGGAAAAUCUUACCCCAACAACCGUGGUGGUGUAUCAAGCGAAUCACGUAGAAUACAAGACAAAGGCAUAUAUUUGCUCAGCUGAACUCCACAAAAUAACUUCGUGGACUGACAUCUAUGGGUUUGAAAGAAGUGAAGAAGAGAUAAUUGAGAAAUCGGAAUUAAGUGCCGAAGAAUGCUGGAGAAUGAAGGAAACCCGAAAAUGUAUAUACGGUUCACUAUCUAUGCAUGGAGAAGAUCUGAAGACCAACACAAGACCAGAGCUCUCUGAUAUCCCAAAUAGGUUUAUGAGUCUCCUCAACAGGAGAGACGAAGAAUUUGGAGUUUGUAAAGUACUGUCGACACUAGUUCUCGCUCAUUUCGGAUCGACAGAAGCAGUAUGCCCAAGAAUAGACCUAACCAACUGUAAAUAUGAAGACAACCAAUGCCGAACCAAAGACGAUCGGAUGGUGGUAUGGAUUCACAACACAACACAAAACUGUCCAUACAUAAAAGCAUCAACUGUUAAGGGAGUUAAAAACAACCAGACGUUCAUAUCUGAAGAAGAGGAACUGAUGCUGACCUUUUCAAAUAAGAGAACAGUGUCGUGCCAAGAUAAGCUCUGGAUAUCGGAUCAAGGAGUCCCGUUCCAAUUUGAGAAGAAUACGUCACCCAAGAAAAGAGAUUUGACAACAGCAGAAAAACAGUUCGCGAGUCACGUCAACCUAGUAGAUCUCCAGAACACAACAAGGAUCCUAUGUGACGAAAUCAACCAACAAGGCCAGAUAUUGAAUCAAUUAAUAGCGAGCAAACCAGCCGAAUUCGCCCAAAGACUUCUCAACCGAACAGACGUAAAAGUACAAUCAGUAGGGCACGGCAUCGUGAGUAUUACCUUUUGCACCACAGUGCCGGAUGAAAAAGUACACUUCCAACAAGAAGAGACCAGAGAAUUUAGAAUAAAAGUCAACGUAGAUGGAAAAGGGAUAAUGUUCUUGGACCCAGUUACGGAGGAAUUACAUUUGAAUCCGUCAGGCCUUUUCACAGAUACGGAACGAGUUGUCCGACAUAACGGCAAAUACUUCAGAUCAACACAAGGAUAUCUCCAACCGAUUAACGUUGUAACAGACGAACGAGAAGAAGUGCAAGUUCUCACCAAAGAAUUCGUCUUCAAGAAGGGCCAUUCCCUCACCACCCCGUGGCUGGACGAAAUGUUGGUAAAAGAAUACUUGAAAUCACACAACGACCUCAUCGAGUCCUUUUCUAAGCCAAUCGUCAGGAGAUCAUCAAAGACGUGGAGAGAAGAAAUCACAGAAAUCAUCGUCUCUCCAAUUCUGCCUUACUUACGGUUGUGGUGGUCAAUCUGUGCGGGACUAGUCUCGCUAUACACAGUUACGUCGAUCCUAAACAACUUCACCGCAGAAAAGAAGAUCCAACUCAAGAUGCCAAGGAGGAAUGCCAGGAAGAAAAAUCCUCUCCGACGAAAGAGGAAAAACAACCGGAGGUCAUCCCAAAGGCCCAAUGAAGAAACCCCGCUUGGAAUAGUCUUCCAAAGGGCAGAACUGCCGAGGAGAUCUGUCAAAAUAAGGCAACUUCUCGCGCGCGGAGUGUCGCGACCACCGCGAAAAGCCUAAAGACGCCUGCUGUAAAGUGCGUCAAAAAUUUCUUUUCCCAAAAAAUUUCUUUCCAAUAGAUUUAAAAAUUAGAUAGGCCAAAUUUCGGGAUAGGGCCGUCUCGAUUUCUUUAUAUAAAUUUUUGAUCUUUAUUUUUAUAUAUUCUAUAUAUUUAAUUGUCGAUUUCAUUAUAUAUCGGGAAUAUUUUUUGUUUUGGUUUAUUAACCCAAGUUUGAGGUUUUGAAUAAAGUUUGGUCAACAAUCGAGUUACCAACAUCUUAAAUUAUUGUACAACGGAGUACAAUAAUUAUCAUUGUCGAGCGCACGGAGUCGCGGCGACAUCGCCGCGGUAAGCCGUCGCAAAGCGAUUGGUCGAUUUCAAGGCGCGACAAAUACACAUUAUUUUCCCGACAGCCUGAAAAACCCAAAUUUCGAGACUUGAAUCAUACCGAAACAUAUUCCGUGUAUCAAAAUCCUUUCAAAUUUCAGAUUAAACAGAACGCCGAGUUAUAUUUGGUAAACAGCGAUCCAUUCCUGGAAUCGGGACAUUCCUGGCCAAGCCAUGUGAUCCCAGUUGGCGGAGCUCACAUUGACUUUCCAAAGCCGUUGUUUUAUGUGAGUAAAGCAAUUUUUUCUCCUUUUAAAAUCAACGAAUUAACGGUCGGAACCACGCCAAGUUCUUCCAUUCAAUUUCUCAUCAAAAAAUCCUUGUUUUCAGCCCUGGAACACCUCCAUUUCCUCAGCGCCCGCCGGCUUAAUCAUCGUCCAACUCGGUGCCAAUGUUGACGGCUCUGCAAUGCCUCCAGCCCUUGUCAAAGCGUUCGUUGGAGCCCUAUCCAAGCUCACAAAAUUCCGGAUUUACUGGCGGAUCGGGACGAACCUGUCCUUGAAGGGCGUUGAUCUCGAAAACAUGCCGUCUCACAUAAAUGUGACAACGUUUAUCCCACAAAACGACCUGCUCGCUCAUCGUCGUUGCAAAUUGCUUGUAACGAAUGGCGGAAGUUCCAGUAUUUUGGAGGCGCUGACCUAUGGAGUUCCGAUUCUGGGGGUACCCUUGUAUGGAGUGAAUUAUAAAAAUUUGUGGAAUGUGGAGCAAAGAGGAGCGGGAUUGAUGCUGAAUAAGGACAAAUUGGAUGAGAAGACGCUGCUGGGUGCGAUGAAAAAACUGCUGGACACUCCGAUUUACAAGAAAAAAGCGGAAAAUGUAAGUUGAACGUCGUCAAUUGGGGAACAUUGGAGAGAAAAUAAAACAAUUUUUUCGCUUUUUUGUCUGGCUAAAUCCCAUACAGUGGCGAUCCAGUUUUUUUCAGUUGAAAAUGAUUGAGAAAUUUCGAAUUUUUUCGAUUGAAAAUCAGGGUCUGAUCUAAGGAUCUGGUCUAGUGGCAAAAGACGUACCAUUUUGCAUCCGGGAAGUAUCAAAAACACAGCAAAAUUCCUCCCUCUCCAAGUUAAACGACUCCGCUUUCAAAAGCGCGCCCGCUCCGAAACUGAGAUUUUUUGGUUGGAGAAGGAAGUAUUUUACUGCAUUUUUCAUACUUCCCGGAGGCAAGAUGGUACGUUUUUUGCACUAUUAUAGAUCAGAUCCUUAGAUCAAAGGCUGAUUUUCAACCGAAAAAAAUCGAAAUUUCUCAAUCAUUUUCAACUGAAAAACACGGGGUAAAAGGGCCCUACUUCAAAAGGUCGUAGCGACAUCCGUUUGCACUUUAAAAUCUUCUUAAUUCAUGGACAAAAAUUAAUGAACAACCUUUGUGGUUUUGAACUUGAACAAGUUUUUAUCAUCAUCUAAUUUUUUAGUUCGCCAAAGAGUUGAAAAGUCGUCCCGGCUCCGCUUUUGAACGCGUCCUCAACGCCAUUGAAUUAGUCGCCCGCCAUGGCUCGGCUUCACUGAUCAGGCCUUCGAAACGCCCUCAGGGCUUGUUAUUGUUCUUGGAAGUCAGUCAUCUGGACUUCUUUUUGAUCGUUGUAACGGGUCUUUUCUUUGCGAUAUUUAUUUCUUACAUCAUCCUCCGGACAUUCCUCCGAACAAUGUGUUGGCGGAAAAAAGUGGAGAAAAAGGAGAAGCAGAAGAAACAUUAG